CCGCGCGCAGCGCCGCCCCCGCCCCGGCCGGCCAACGCCGCCGCCAUGGAGUCGAACAGGGACGAGGCGGAGCGGUGCAUCGGCAUCGCGCUGGCCGCCGCCAAGGCCAACCAGCCCGAGCGGGCCCGCCGCUUCCUGGAGAAGGCGCAGCGGCUCUAUCCGUCCCCGCGGGUCCGCGUUCUCCUCGAGUCGCUCAACAAGAGUGAGCCAUCGUCCAACGGGCAGUCGCAGCCCAGGGAGUCCCCGAAGGGCAGGAAGGCAGGUGGGGACUUUCCAUCAGCCAACGGGGAGGUCGGUGGGGAGGCUCCCAAGGGCUACACGCAGGACCAGGUGGAUGCCGUGAAGAGGGUAAAGCAAUGCAAGGAUUACUAUGAAAUUCUGGGAGUCAAUAGAGAAGCCUCUGAUGAGGACUUGAAAAAGGCUUAUCGCAAACUCGCUUUGAAAUUUCACCCAGACAAAAACCACGCGCCUGGAGCAACAGAGGCUUUUAAAACCAUCGGUAACGCGUAUGCGGUGUUGAGCAACCCCGAGAAGAGGAAGCAAUAUGACCAGUUCGGAGACGAGAAGCUCAACCCUGCUCGGCACGGACAUGCUCAUUCAGACUUCCACCGUGGCUUUGAGGCAGACAUCUCCCCUGAGGACCUCUUCAACAUGUUCUUUGGUGGUGGUUUUCCCUCAAGUAAUGUUCACGUGUACAGCAACGGCAGGAUGCGAUACACCUAUCAUCAGAGGCAGGACAGACGAGAACACCAGGGUGAUGGCGGCCUUGGGCUGUUUGUCCAGCUGAUGCCUAUCCUCAUCCUGAUUGUGGUGUCUGCUCUCAGCCAGAUGAUGGUCUCCAGCCCACCCUACAGCCUGAGCCAGAGGCCGUCUGUGGGUCACGUACACAGGAGGGUGACAGAGCACUUAAAAGUUAUCUACUACGUAUCUGAGAACUUUGCAGAAGAAUACACGGGCACGAACUUGAAAAACGUGGAGAGGAGCGUGGAGGACGACUACAUUGCAAACCUUCGAAACAACUGCUGGAAAGAGAAGCAGCAGAAGGAAGGUUUGCUGUACCGGGCACGCUACUUCGGAGACACGGAGCUGUACCAGCGAGCACAGAAGAUGGGCACCCCCAGCUGUAGCAGACUGUCAGAUGUACAAGCCUCUCUGCAUGGAUAGUCGCUGUCGGCCCGCUCAGCAGAGGUCUAAACCCUUGACAUGCCUGAAGACUUUCGGUGAAGUGCACUGAGCCGAGGUGACAGACUUUAUAUUUAAAGAAUGAACCCUUAUAUUAAAAUGGAAUUGAGAUUAGCAACGCACAACCGCCCUCUUUCUUCUCUCUGCCCGUCUUCGCCGGUGGACGUCCCAGGCAGCAGUUAGGACAGGACUAGAGGCCAUCGUCCUCAUUCCCUUCCAGCAGCACCACCGUGUGACGGCCUGGUUGGCGAAAGGAGACCCUCGUGGGCUGCGCCGGAGAGAGAAAUCGGACAAUUGAGUGAUAAGGAAAACUUUUAAAGAGAAGAAAAAAAAAGAGAAAAUAUAAUCUAUUUAGAAUUAAUUUAUAGCUGUAUAUACGUUGUACUUUUAAACUAUGCAGGGGUUGGAUGAUUAAAUUAUUUUGCUUUGCGCCCGGGUUGGUGAGCGGAGCAGCAGGAGGGAUGUGCGGGUGUGUGGCACCAGGCAGCAGUCACGUCAUGGUGGCUGUGCUUUGCUUUCCUGAGGACAGCAGCAAUUGGUGGCAGGGGAGCUCCAUAUCUGCCUGCCGGGCUGCUGGAGGAGCAUUGCUGAAUCCACGGGGGGAAAAAAAACAUUAAUGAAACUGCCCAGAUUUGCAAUUUGGUUUUGUAACGUUGGCAAAAGCAACCGCAGGUCAACUGAGUGCUGGAGCCACACGCUGGCCAGACGAAAGGAUCGUCCUGGAUGCUUUUUGCUCAUCAGUUCUUGCUUUAGUUGUAACUUUUUUUUCCUUUUUCGGCCUCGCAGUCACUGUGCGGCAGUCGUUCUGUGAGCGGGGCUGUCUGCGAGCCGCAUCCCAUGGUGAAUAUGUCAGUCCUGCACUUGGGGUUCCUCACCCAGCAGCGCUCCGGUCUGUGGCACAGCCGUGGCCUUAGGGCAGCUCGUAGGUUGCGGAGCGUUGCAUUGCUUCUGUUGAAAGAAGCUCUGCGGGCUGAGAUCAGCGGCUGCUGAGCUCCUCAGACCCCAUUGCUGCGAGAGCUGCGUGCCAGGGUCACCUGCUCGGCCAGGCAGGGCCCGGCUUGGAGCAGCUCCAGGCUGCUGUUCUCACUGUGUGUGUGCGAGAGGCCAAAGUGAAAUGAUGGGAGUUGUGUCACUGGGACAAACUGGAUCUUUUUUGUACCCUGCAGGUCAUUUGUCCUGAAGACAUUCCCUGUGAGAGCUGCCCCGGUGGGUGGUGCAGGGUGGCUGGGCUGGAACGGGAGUGAGCAGCAACACGGGCUGAGGUCUUUGGUAUUGGAGAUCCAUGUGCUCUGUCUCGGGCCAUUAUUUGUUUUGCAAAAUAUCAGCCCUCCUGUUAACUGUAAGCCUUACUAUCCCACAGCUACCGUGGCUUGGACUUGAUUUUAAGAGACGAUGAUUAUUUUUUAAUGAUAUCUCCAUCUUCAGAAGGUAUUUGGUGGAGUGUGACAUGGGAAUAGCUUAGUAGCAGUACAGGGCAGUGGAGGUCCCUGGGGUGGGAGCUGUCGGCUGUGGAGAGAGAUGGCAGCUGCAAGAGGUGCUGAGCAUCUCCCAGCGCAGCGUUCCUUGCCCAGGGCCUCCCUGCCUGAGCCAAGUGAUUUCUCAAGUAGUUACCUACAGAUAAUAGGAGCCAGACAGCAUAGAGCUGAACGGGUACUCACAGGAGCCGUAUUUCUUGAUUUAGAAUUAAUUAUCAAAUUGUACAUCUAUAAAUAAACGUUUGUAACGUGAAA